CGUGACUCCGUUGUUUACAUCUUUGUCCUGCGCUUUCUUUGCUUACGCUUCCGACUGGUGGUCGAAUUCUACAGUCGACCAUGAGAGCUCUCUUGCCGGGUGUUUGCCUGCUACUUUUUGGGCUCGCCGCGGGCUCUUCCCGGGUCCGCGUGCCCCCACACGACCAGGUCGCCCGGGUCGCCCGCUUCGUCGCCCACCAAUGCGACUGGGCUUCCAUGGCCACCAUCAGCAGCCACAAGCCGGUGGUGGGGCAGCCUUUCUCCAACGUCUUCUCGGUGAGCGACGGGCCACCGGGCUUCAGCUCCGGCGUGCCGUACAUGUACUUGACCCGCAUGGAGAUCUCCGUGCAGGACCUGGAGGUGAACCAACAGGCAUCUUUGUCAAUGUCUCUGGCUCAGACGGCCUACUGCCGCCAGCAGGGCUUGGACCCUCAGAGUCCUCUGUGCGCCCACAUCAUCCUGUCCGGAUCUGUGCUGGAGGUGAACGGCACCGAGGCAGAGUUUGCAAAGAAAGCCCUCUUCACUCGACACCCCGAGAUGAUCGGCUGGCCCUCGGACCAUGACUGGUUCUUUGCCAAGUUCAACAUUACACAGGUGUGGGUGCUGGAUUAUUUUGGCGGGGUGAAGACGGUCAGUCCGGAGGAAUACUACCAAGCCUCUCCCAACUAAUACGCGCAAAUGACGUUAUGGGGACUUAGUGUGUUUUUUGCAGUGAAUCAUAUUGUGAAUUCCUUCCAGUGAAUCCACUUAUCAGCUAUUAUUUCUGAGUGCCAUACGUAACAUAAGUUUUUUUUUUAUCCCUGGAAGUUGUCUCUCAAUUUCCUACAAAUUGUAGUGUGUAAAGCAUAUCAAAAAGUUGCUUUUUACUUGAAUUGAGUAGGCUUGCGCCUGCUGGUAUUAUGAUUGUGUUGAGCAGGGUUCUGCACAAGUGUGCAUUUUAUUUCAUGAAACCCUGACUGUGGAUGGUAUGAUAAGCAAGGACUUCUCAGUUCUAGAGUGGGUUCUAGGAAUGCAAGCGUCCAGGUUCACACGCUUCCGGCCACACAUCGGUAAAACAUUGUGUUGCUCUGGCCAAUGCAAUGAAAAAUGUCUCGCUAUACCCCUGCAGGCCCAUUGACUUGAUGAUUAUAUAUUAUAUAUAUAUAUAUAAUCUAUAAAUAUAUUAUAUAUUUUUUCAGAAAAAUAGAAUGAAUUAUAUUUUUCAAUAGAACAUGAGUACAAUUUUUGUUAAUAAAGUUUGUGUCGUGCAACAGAA